UUUACUUCCGGGUUGGUUGCCAUGAGACAUGAAGUAGCCUCAGAGACGCGGAGUAGCGACGUUGUUAAGAGGCGUUCGCAUUAAACUUCACCUAUGACCACUUAAAGUUACUCUUCAAACACAAAUUGGCAAUGUCGCAGAUUAAAGACGGCGAGUUUACCGCCGUCAUUUACAAACUGAUAAAGGAUGGACGACAUGGGGAAGCAAUCCAAAUUUUGACUAAUGAAUUGCAGAAACAGUCUAAAUCCAGGGCUGCCCUUUCCCUCCUGGGUUAUUGUUACUACCACGUUCAAGACUUCUUCAAUGCAGCCGACUGUUAUGAGCAGCUCACACAGAUCCAUCCAGAAGUGGAGGAGUACAAAUUCUAUUACGCCCAAUCUUUGUAUAAAGCCUGUAACUACUCAGAAGCUAUGAAGGCAACAUUCCUCCUGGACAGUCCAGCCUAUCACACCAAAAUAUUAAAACUGCAAGCAGCAAUCAAAUAUGGUGAAGAGGACAUUUCAGGAACAAAGAGCCUGGUGGAACAGCUGCCAUCUGAUGAUCCAGACAGCGAGAUUAAUUUGGGUUGUUUGCUGUAUAAAGAAGGUGCCUAUGAAGAGGCGUGCAAGAAGUUUAUCGGCGCCAUACAGGUGAUAGGGUAUCAACCAGACCUGGCCUACAACAUAGCUCUUUGCUACUACAGCAUGAAGCAGUAUGCUCCUUCCUUGAAGUACAUUGCUGACAUAAUUGAACAUGGCAUUAGAGAGCAUCCAGAACUCAGCGUUGGCAUGACAACAGAAGGCAUCGAUGUAAGGAGUGUUGGCAAUACGCAAGUCUUGCAUGAAACUGCAUUGAUUGAAGCAUUUAAUUUGAAAGCAGCCAUUGAAUUCCAUCUCAAAAAUUAUGAUGCGGCACAAGAAGCUUUGACAGACAUGCCACCAAGGUCUGAAGAGGAACUGGACCCCGUAACCUUGCAUAACCAAGCUCUAAUGAACAUGGAUUCCAAGCCAACUGAAGGUUUUGGAAAACUACAGUUUUUAUUACAGCGGAACCCUUUUCCACCUGAGACCUUUGGAAACCUGCUUCUGCUUUACUGCAAGUAUGAGUAUUUUGAUUUGGCUGCUGAUGUCUUAGCUGAAAAUGCCCAUCUCACAUACAAGCUUCUUUCACCGUAUCUGUAUGCAUUUUUGGAUGCAAUGAUAACAUGCCAGACAGCCCCAGAAGAGGCUUUCCGGAAGUUUGAUGAAAUGUCUGGUGAACUAGCAGAGCAGCUCCGUAUGCUGACAAAACAGGUACAAGAAGCAAGACAUAAGAGAGAUGACGAAGCAGUCAAAAGGGCUGUAAAUGAAUACGAUGAAGUCCUGGAAAAGUACAUUCCAGUGCUGAUGGCUCAAGCUAAAGUCUACUGGAACAUUGAGAAUUACCAAAUGGUUGAAAAGACCUUCCGUAAGUCGGUUGAAUUCUGCAACGAUCAUGAUGUGUGGAAGCUCAACGUGGCACACGUCCUCUUCAUGCAGGAAAACAAAUACAAAGAGGCCAUUGGGUUUUAUGAACCCAUCGUGAAAAAGCAUUAUGACAAUUUGGGACAGUGUAACAUCCAAGAAUGUCCCUGCAAAAGAAAAGCUUCGAUUUUGAACGUAAGCGCCAUUGUCUUGGCCAACCUGUGUGUGUCUUACAUCAUGACAAGUCAAAAUGAGGAGGCAGAAGAACUUAUGCGGAAAAUUGAAAAAGAGGAAGAGCAGAUAUCCUAUGAUGACCCUGACAAAAAAAUUUACCACCUCUGCAUUGUGAACCUUGUGAUUGGGACCCUUUAUUGUGCCAAAGGAAAUUAUGAGUUUGGAAUUUCCCGAGUUAUUAAAAGCUUAGAGCCCUAUAAUAAAAAGCUUGGUACAGACACCUGGUUCUACGCCAAGCGCUGCUUUUUGUCGCUCCUUGAAAACAUGUCCAAACACAUGAUCAUGUUACGUGACAGCAUUGUGCAGGAGUGCAUCCAGUUCUUAGAACACUGUGAAAUUCAUGGAAAAAAUAUCCCUGCCCUCAUUGAGCAGCCUCUGGAGGAAGAACGGAUGCACGUUGGGAAAAAUACAGUGACGUACGAAUCUCGGCUGCUCAAAGCGCUCUUCUAUGAAAUAAUUGGAUGGAAUCAGUAGGUUCCAUGCUGUGUAUAGCAGGUAUCGUGUCAUUCUUUCCAAAUAUAGGAAGGAAACAAUUCCAUCGUAGGAGAAAAUAAAACUUGACUGAUAAGUGAAUUUGCUCGCUGCAAAUUAGAACUACAUUAGGAGCAAGUCAGACAUUUCCAUGUAAAUAAAACAUUUAAAAUAAAGUGUAUUUAUUUUACAGUC